AUGGCUCGACCCUUGACCUUCCGAAACAGAGCCUUCCAUCCUAUCAGCGACUCCGGCCCCGCAACGUCGUUGUUGCGAGAUGUCGCUCCAGAGCCCUCUGUCAACAUAUUGGCCCUGGGAUGCGGUGACAUACGCAACGUUCUGUACACCAUUUACUCUGAAUCGAAGAAUCUGAACCGCAAGUUGGAUUUUACCUUUUGUGACAUCGAGCCAGCGGUGCUGAGUAAGACGUCUCAACUCGCGCUAGCAUUUCUGAAGUAUUUCACAGCGCGCAACAUCAUAUUGCUCACGAUGAUACUCGAUAACGUCGACAUCGACACCAUCUGGAAUCUCUUUCUUCAUAUCUACAUCGACCAGAAAACCCUUGAUGGCCUCGUGUUGCAUUGUAACAAGUUGUUGCAACUCAGUACCCACAACGACUGGGCUGCCUCGGACUACGGCAAGAGCAUUCACAUCGGCUCUGAACACACGUUCGAUGAAUUCCGCCUCCACUUGGUGUUGUACACCCAGAUGAACGAUCUUCCGGUCACUCGUCUUGCGGCGCUGAAGGCUGACUUCAAGGAGCUUUCGCACUCGGAAGCGGCUGUAAUUCUUCAAACAGUUACCCUAUAUCCCAAAGAGGUUUCGGACACCUGUUUCGAUCUAUUUAAAGCCUACUGGACGGUGGGGACGACGUUCUCGGAUCCAACGGACAUCUCUGCAGCGACACUGCUGAAUCCGACCUUCGUUUACUCGGCGGCUGGCCAGGCUGCUCAGAUUUCUCCCACAACCAAUCCGAUCUCGCCGUUUCACUUUACCGAAUUAUUCGUUAAGGGCAAACCCACUGUCCGCGAGAUGCUCGAGACAGCCAAGGCUCAGCUGGUUGCUUGGAGCUCUGCAUUUCGAGUCGCUAUCCAAUCCCACGAUUCAUCGCUCGUUAUCCGCUUCAUUACAAGCGACGCAUUGGCUCUCUGUCGUACCAUAGCGUCAGGGAAGAGUACCAUAUCACUUCCCGUUUCCCAAUGGCGCUCUGGCGUCGUCCAACUCGAUCACGACCUCCCUUCGUCGUUUCACGUCGUAGACACAUCCAGCAUCUCAGACCACCUGGGGAUUCUUAAUAUUCUUGCUGUUGCGAUUCCUCUUCUUCCCGAAGACGGCGUGCUUUAUACCGAUACAGUUAUUCCAGUCGGCGGAAAGCUCGAAGUGGCCAAGGAGUUCAUCGAACUACUUCAUGGCGAUGUCGAUACCAUGUCCUUCUUAUUCGGCGUGCACCCGGUUGAUCAUCUUUCGGGUUUUUCUUCGCGCACCUUCACCAUCUCAGGCAGAGGAUUUGCACAGUUUACAACGUGGAAACGGCCGGCCUCAGUCGAUUCCAUCGCUGGUUCUGUCCCAGUAAUCUGGGAUGGCCGCAUGCUAGGGCGGUUGUUGUUUGGACUCUACAAUCGUAUCUUCUCUCUCGAGGAUACGAUUGACUGGACGAACUUCCGAAUAAACCAUCAAGCAUUCAAGAGAUCUCUCAAACUGGGAAAUCGCCUCCCCUACACACGCGAAAGCUUCGUUUUGAUGCUCCAGUCUAUCCGAGGAAACUUUUGCAUCCCAGACUCGACGUGGACCCUGGUUAUGGAAGAGUUUUGCAACCAGCCACGCUCGUUUGGCUUCGACAAUGCUUCUAUCAAUGAAUUCAAGGCACUUCUUCAUGUCAAGGGGCUUUAUUCCCACCCAGCCCUUAACACAAACCCGCCGCAGCGCGUCGGACCGUUCGCCUCCUGGAUAGAGGUCCCGCUCGUUGUCAGAAUCUAUCUUGUCGUUCCCCUCGAAAAAGUGCAAAUCGUCCGUCAACUCGCGGAAAACACAAGUGAUCCUCUCUUCCAGUGUCGAGUGCACGACGCUGUAUCUGCGUCCAUGUUCAAUUCAGUGGAUGCAUUCUUCGGCACCAUUGAAGACAUCGGCACAGAGAGUCAGCCAAUGGUGAUCCCUCAACCUGGGCCAUUCGGCUCAUCGCCAUUCGUGUUAUCCUUCCUCAUAUGUGCUGCUGAUCUUCAUCGAGACAACUUACAUGUGUCUUUUCAUCCUCGACAUAGUUUCGGGUCGUUGCAGUACUCCUUCAGUCUCUUGGGCCCGCACCAAGAAAUAUUUUCCGCAAAACUUUCGGAUAAAAGGCAUGUCCAUAUAGUGCCCUAUGAUUAUUGGCUCCCCAAAAUGAGCAACUCUCUCUCUUCUACUGCACAAAUCACUCGCCCCGUGCUCGACGACAAAUGCGAGUCACUCCGAGGCUUAUCGACUCAGAUUCAGAUCACUGAUCAUGACGCUCAACGACUUGCCUUGGGCAUAGUACCGGAGGUUCUCCAAACGUCCCCACGUUCGCUCAAGGUUUCUAUCGAAGAUCAUUCAUAUGAUGCCCACUUCCCUGUUCCCGUGCGUGGAUCAUUCAGCAAAGUCACCCGAAGGCAAGAUCUGGCUCACAUCCAACUGUUUGUACCACCUUCUCGUGCUUUACCGGACUUUGGUUUACAUGGUAAUCCUUUCCCGACCGUGGGACACCAGUCUGGCCUUCAUUCUUGGAAUCUCUCGCGCCUCAAUUUGUCUCAAUGUCCUUCCAUCGGUGUCUCCGACUCCACAACAACAUGGUGCGAAAAUCGUUUCACGAGGAUGGUGUCCAAGCGCGAGCUAUCUAGUCAGCAAAGCACGGAUAUUCCUGCUUUCAUCAAGGCCAAAGGCUUAUUAGGAUUUAUCCUUUCCAGCACGAGCGGAGUAAAUCGCAAUACAAGCAGCAAAAUCUUCGAAAUAUCCGAGGCGGAGACUGACAAGCUCAAACUCGUUGUACUUGUCGAUGGGCUGAAGCUUGACCUCCCGUCGGACAGCUUUUUCGCAGACGUAUAUGUUUUGGAUGUAGAGCAAGCGUCUCAUGGUCAAUUGGGUCCGGCUGCGGGUCAAGGGGAAGCGUUGUCUGUAUACAACAAGCUCAAGGCGACGACAUUGUCUAACCUCACCCCUUUACCUCUCAGCAUGCGCAAGCACGAUUUGAUUAUGUGGAAACAGAUGAUUCAGGCUCUGACUGAAUGCUCUCGCUCGUGGACUCACCUUCCUUAUUGCAUAGCCCAGGAACGUCACAAAGCAUGUAAUUGUGGUCGAGGCCAGGAUGUUGCGGCGGUGAAGGAGAAUCCAAAAUGGGCACCUUUGGCGCCAUUCCUCACCAGAGUCGCGCUCCCAAUCAUCUUCCCCGUGCCGGUGCUGGAAGCGAUGGAAAGCUGCUCGGUUUGUGAAGAGGGUGGUAAACCCAAUUUGCUUCGCUGCUCUCGCUGCACUCGUGUUUUCUACUGUUCACAAGAGUGUCAACGGAAGGACUGGAAGGAGCAUAAACCUGAUUGCAAAGCGUAG